AAGGUGGCACAGGGCAGACGCUGCGCUGACCCGUCCAUCUAGCAGCCCAGACACAACAGCUACCCCGUUCCUGCUCGUGUGUAUCCUGCAGCGGUCAUCAUGUCGGACCAGGCCCCCUUUGACACCGAUGUCAUCACCCUUACCCGAUUUGUCAUGGACGAAGGCAGGAAAGCCAAGGGAACCGGAGAGAUGACCCAGCUCCUUAAUGCCAUGUGCACGGCUGUCAAAGCCAUCUCCUCGGCGGUGCGCAAGGCUGGGCUGGCCAACCUCUAUGGCAUCGCUGGAUCCACAAAUGUGACAGGAGAUCAAGUGAAAAAACUGGAUGUCCUCUCCAACGACCUGGUGAUCAACACCUUGAAGGCGUCAUAUAGUUCCUGUGUCUUGGUAUCAGAAGAAGACCAGCAUGCCAUCAUUGUGGAGCCUGAGAAAAGGGGUAAAUAUGUUGUAUGCUUUGAUCCCCUCGACGGUUCAUCGAACAUUGACUGUCUUGCUUCUAUUGGCACAAUCUUUGCCAUCUACAAAAAGACUACUGACAGUGAGCCAUGUGAGAAAGAUGCCUUGCAGUCCGGCCGUAACAUAAUCGCAGCUGGCUACGCGUUAUAUGGCAGUGCAACUAUGAUGGUGCUGGCUACUGAAUGCGGUGUCAACUGCUUCAUGCUAGACCCUGCAAUUGGUGAAUUCAUUUUGGUAAACAAAAAUGUUAAAAUAAAACAGAAGGGCAAUAUCUACAGUCUCAACGAAGGCUACGCCAAAUAUUUUGAUGGAGCGGUUACUGAAUACCUGCAAAAGAAGAAAUUCCCUGAAGAUGGAAGUUCACCUUAUGGAGGAAGAUAUGUGGGUUCAAUGGUUGCUGAUGUGCACCGGACAUUGGUCUAUGGAGGAAUCUUUCUGUACCCUGCUAAUGUGAAGAGUCCCAAAGGAAAGUUGAGGCUUCUGUAUGAGUGCAACCCAAUGGCCUACAUCAUGGAGAAGGCUGGAGGAAUGGCAACCACAGGACUAGAGCCAGUGCUGGAUGUGGUUCCUGACUCCAUUCACCAGCGGAUGCCCAUAGCACUGGGUUCACCAGAUGAUGUGCAGGAAUAUAUUGAGCUUUUCAAAAAGCAUGCCAAAAAAUGAGGAACAGAUGCAUACAGUUCCCUCUAAACUGGACCAAAGAAUCUCUUUUCAUUUAGCUGCUUUCAACAUCAUCAGGAAUCUUUAUUACUUUUAUAGGCAAUGUUGGGUGUGAAACCACAAAAUAAAUUUUUUAUAUUAA